CAGUAGCGCACCAACACAUUGCACUAGUUCCAGCCUUCGGUAAAUUAGCUUGACAUGCUUUUACAGCUCGUUAUUAUUUGACUAGCUACGUUAUAUAUUUCGUCGUUAGUAGCUACGCCUCGUUCACAUUUAUCAAUAGGAUAGUUAUGGAGAUUUAUAUGGAGUCCUCACCGGACCCUGCUUCCAGUGACGCGGGAAACAGCGUCUCUAAACCGGCUACUCCAGUCAUGGACACGCCGGCGAAUCUGGAGACCCUUCAAACGGACCACCACCACCAAACCCCUGUUAGAGGACAGAGUCGUUCCGGCUCCAACAAAGGGUCGUCAGCAGCGAAGAAGACACAUACAUCUCAAAUUGAAAUUAUUCCUUGCAAGAUAUGUGGAGAUAAGUCGUCAGGUAUCCACUACGGCGUGAUCACCUGCGAAGGCUGCAAGGGUUUCUUCAGGAGGAGCCAGCAGAGUAAUGCAGGGUACUCCUGCCCUCGUCAGAAGAACUGUUUGAUUGACAGGACCAGCAGAAACCGCUGCCAACACUGUAGACUGCAGAAAUGCCUGACCGUAGGCAUGUCACGGGACGCGGUGAAGUUUGGCCGUAUGUCCAAGAAGCAGAGAGACAGCCUGUAUGCUGAGGUCCAGAAGCACCGUCUCCAGCAGGCCCAGCAGCUGCAGAGAGACCACCAUCCCCAGAACCCGGAGGAGGUCGAGCCUCUCUCUCCCCACUACGGCCUCACCGACCUCCCGGAAGACCUGGGAGGGUACAUGGAGGAAAACAGCCCUGGGGGGGUUAACGGCCCAGCCUCCAAGGGGGGCUCUGACUCGGGAGGAGUGGGGGGGUUCUACCUGGACAUUCAGCCGUCUCCUGAUCAGUCUGGUCUGGAUAUUAACGGUAUAAAACCGGAGCCUCUUUGUGAUUAUGGUUCCAACCAGGGUUUCUUCCCCUACUGUUCCUUCACCAACGGAGAGACGUCUCCCACAGUAUCUAUGGCUGAGCUAGAACACCUAGGCCAGAACAUCUCCAAGUCCCACCAGGAGACGUGUCAGUACCUGAGGGAGGAGCUACAGAGCAUGACCUGGCAGGCCUUCCUCCAAGAGGAGAUAGAGACCUACCAGACGAAGCCGGAGGAGGUGAUGUGGCAGCUGUGUGCCAUCAAGAUAACGGAGGCCAUCCAGUACGUGGUGGAGUUCGCCAAACGCAUCGACGGCUUCAUGGAGCUCUGUCAGAACGACCAGAUAGUGUUGCUCAAAGCAGGGUCUCUUGAGGUGGUGUUCAUCAGGAUGUGUCGUGCCUUUGACUCUCAGAACAGCACCGUCUACUUCGAUGGGAAGUACGCUGGGACCGACGUCUUCAAAGCGUUGGGUUGUGACGAUCUGAUUCGCUUAGUCUUUGAGUUUGGGAAGAGUAUGUCUGUCAUCCAUCUCUCCGAGGAGGAGAUCGCUCUCUUCUCCGCGUACGUCCUGAUGUCUGCAGAUCGGACGUGGCUUCAGGAGAAGGUGAAGGUAGAGAAGCUGCAACAGAAGAUCCAGCUGGCUCUCCAACAUGUCCUUCAGAAGAACGGCAGAGAGGACGUGGUUCUCACAAAGUUGAUAUGCAAAGUGUCGACCCUGCGGGCGUUAGUCAGCCGGCAUACAGAGAAGCUGACGGCCUUCAAAGCAACCUACCCAGACAUUGUCCAAGCCCACUUCCCUCCACUAUACAAGGAGCUGUUUGGCUCAGACUUUGAACAGGGCUCCAUGUCCAUAGACGGCUAGCCGAGGGCCCCGUCGGUGACCUACCGUACUGUAUCUGCCCUGUACUGUAGUUUACGUCAUGGAGCCAGUGUUGAUCUUUGGGAGACAGAGAGACACGUUGAAUGAGAGACACUCAGACAGUGCCUUGGUCCUGGCCCUAACUUGCUCUUACCUGGACAGACACCCGACAUUUCUCUCUUCAUGUUUGUCUGUCUUCUCCUCUGUGUCCUCCUGGAUCAUGAGUUGGUUGGGAGGUUUCUGGGAGGAAAAAAAACAUUCAAGCACUUAGAAAACCAACAGCCUUUCCUCUCACAAUAACAAACCUAUUGGGAUGGGGAGUGGAUUUAGUCACAACACCUACCUAUGGACAACGGUGUGAUGGGGAGAGGAUUUAGUCACAACACCUACCUAUGGACAACGGUGUGAUGGGGAGAGGAUUUAGUCACAACACCUACCUAUGGACAACGGUGUGAUGGGGAGAGGAUUUAGUCACAACACCUACCUAUGGACAACGGUGUGAUGGGGAGAGGAUUUAGUCACAACACCUACCUAUGGACAACGUUGUCAUGGGGAGAGGAUUUAGUCACAACACCUACCUAUGGACAACGGUGUGAUGGGGAGAGGAUUUAGUCACAACACCUACCUAUGGACAACGGUGUGAUGGAGAGCGGAUUUAGUCACAACACCUACCUAUGGACAACGGUGUGAUGGAGAGAGGAUUUAGUCACAACACCUACCUAUGGAUAACGGUGUCAUGGGGAGAGGAUUUAGUCACAACACCUACCUAUGGACAACGGUGUGAUGGGGAGAGGAUUUAGUCACAACACCUACCUAUGGACAACGGUGUGAUGGGGAGAGGAUUUAGUCACAACACCUACCUAUG